AGGGGAUAAAAGGCUGGGCUGAAGAACAUGAAGGGCAGACACUUGCAGCCUUCCGAAGUGGUGAGGUGUUACUGUAUAUGAGUGGAGGCUUUCUGAAAUUGUGUGGUGAUGCUCUGUGUAUCGUGUCUGUCUCAACUGAGAGAUGUGCUGUGACAUCUGCAGGCUAGAAAGCAGCUCUGUGGAGAAGGGCCUGAGUGUCCUGGUGGACAUCAAGCUGUCUGUGAGACAGCAAUGUAACCCUGUGGCCAAGAAGGCCUCAGGAAUCCUGGGAUGCAUUAGGCAGAGCAUUGCCAGCAGGUUGAGAAGGAUGAUCCUGCCCUUCUACUCAGCUCUGGUGAGGCACAUCUGGAGUGUCCAGUUAGCAUCUUCUUGGUACAAGAGGGGACAGGUUACUCCUGGAGCAGGUGCAGUGGAGGCUGCAGAGAUGAAGAAGGGGCUGGAGUGUCUCCUGGACAAGGAAAGGCUGAGGGAACUGAGGAUAUUUAACCUCGAGUGGGGCCCUCAUCCCUGUGUGCAGGGAGGGCUCAGAGUAGGGGCCAGGCUCUGCUCUGUGGGACCCAGCAAUGGCAUGUGGGAAUGGCCAGGGACUGAAGGUCAGGAAAUUCCAACUGUACAGGAGGGGAAGAACUGUUCAGAGACCAGAAAGGAAUGGAGUCUCCCUCACUGGGGAUGUUCCAGACCCAUCUGGACACAGUCCUGUGCCAUGUAUUCUGGGUUGACCCUGCUGGAGCAGGGAGGUUGAACCAGAUGAACCUGUAUGGCCCCUUCCAGCCUGACCCACCCUGGGAUUCUGUGUAUUGCUGGGUAAGAAACUUUAUCUAGUGUCUGCCAUCCCCAUGGAGCAUGAUACAGUCUUACAACUGACUCAUAAAGCUCAUAAAGCUCCCUUGCUAUUACAGCAGUGCUCUCUGGCUAGGACAUGCUGGAGUCCUGAGGUUGAAGUCCUGAACACUUACCUGACAGCCUCAAUUACUUCUUCAAACCUUAUUGCUCUCCAGCUCUAAAAAUGUUUUUAGUCAGCCAAAAUCAUAUCCCUUCUCAAACGACAUUACAGAUCCAUAUAGCAAGACUUUGCUGUGCUGUUUGAAGAGAGAUCUGUAUCCUCAUGUGUACAUCUGCCUAAUGCUUGUAUCUGUGUGUAAGUUAAAGAAAAUGCUUUGGUGCAUAGCCCUGUGUGCAACAGUCAAAGCUGUUUAUCUUUUCUCCCAGAGAAAAAAAAAAAAAGUAGGAAUGAGGAGAAGAUUAAGACAAACAAAUUUUGCAAAUCCUUCCAACCUGGAGCACCAGGCAUGAAGCAACAAGGAAAAUGCUGAUUGAUCACAGAUGCUGUAUAUAAGAAAACUUGAAAAUGAAAAAUCCUGCUUAACUUGGUUGCUUAAAGCAGAGCUUCCCAGCUGUGACGAAGGGCUUUAGGUGCUCCCAUUUUGGGGCAUCUAAGUAGGACCCCAUCUCCUCUGAGCACUUCUCUUCUGAAGAUCAAGGACUUUGUUUUAAACCUCUGAAAAUGCAGUUACCCAUCGGCGGCUUUCAAGAUGACAAGAAUUUUGACAGCUUGCAAAGUGGUGAAGACUUUGAAAGGCAGAUUGAAGUUUUGCAAUGUGUCUGCUGAUCACUGGAGUUUCUCAAGGACAGGUACCAGACUGUUGAGCAUCAAGGUGCAGACAGCAAAUUUGGUGCUGGAAGAUGGGAUGAAGAUGAAGGGCUACUCUUUUGGCUAUCCAUCCUCCACAGCAGGAGAAGUUGUGUUCAACACGGGGCUCUCUGGAUACACGGAAGCCUUGACAGAUCCCAGCUACAAAGGACAGAUUCUCACCCUGGCUAACCCCAUAGUUGGGAAUGGUGGAGUGCCUGACACGGCUGCUUUGGAUGAAAUGGGCCUCAGGAAAUUUCUGGAAUCUGAUGGGAUCAAGGUUUCAGGUUUACUGGUGCAGGAUUACAGCAAUGAGUACAGCCACUGGCAGGCUACCAGGAGCCUGGGAGAGUGGCUGCAAGAAGAACAGGUGCCUGCACUGUAUGGGAUUGACACCAGAAUGUUGUCCAAAGUAAUUCGUGACAAGGGCACAGUACUUGGGAAGAUUGAGUUUGAAGGUCAACCCGUGGAGUUUGUAGACCCAAAUAAGCAAAACUUAAUUGCAGAAGUUUCAACAAAGGAAGUCAAGAUUUAUGGCAGAGGGAAUCCCAUUAAAGUUGUAGCUGUUGACUGUGGGUUGAAGCACAACAUUAUCCGUCUGCUGGUAAAGCGAGGUGCAGAGGUGCACUUGGUUCCAUGGGACCAUGAUUUCACUGGCAUGGAUUAUGAUGGACUCAUAAUUUCUGGAGGUCCAGGGGAUCCCAUGAUGGCCCAGGAAGUGAUUCAGAAUGUCAGAAAGGUGCUGGAGAGCAAUCGCCCAGAGCCCUUGUUUGGAAUUAGCAUGGGGCAUCUAAUCACUGGGAUAGCAGCUGGAGCUACUUCCUACAAGAUGCAGAUGGCCAACAGAGGCCAGAACCAGGCUGUCCUGAACACAGUGAGUGGCCAGGCUGUCAUCACAGCUCAGAACCACGGCUAUGCCAUCGAUGGCUCCUCCCUCCCUCCUGGCUGGAAGCCUCUCUUUGUGAACGCCAAUGACCAAACCAAUGAGGGAAUUAUGCAUGAGAGCAGAUCGAUUUUCACAGUGCAGUUCUAUCCAGAUGCAAAUCCUGGGCCCAGGGACACAGAGUUCCUAUUUGAUUCAUUUAUUUCCCUGGUUAAGAGAGGGAAAGGCACCACCAUUCCCUCGGUCCUUCCCAAGGCUGGAAUGACAGCUUCUAGAGUGGAGGUCUCCAAAGUUCUCAUUCUGGGAUCCGGGGGUCUGUCCAUUGGUCAGGCAGGGGAAUUUGAUUACUCUGGAUCGCAGGCUGUGAAAGCCUUGAAGGAAGAAAAUGUGAAAGUUGUCCUCAUGAAUCCCAAUAUUGCUUCAGUGCAGACCAAUGAGACUGGCUUAAAGCAGGCUGAUGCUGUCUACUUCCUCCCCAUCACUCCUCAGUUUGUCAUUGAGGUCAUCAAGGCAGAGCAUCCUGAUGGAUUAAUCCUGGGCAUGGGGGGCCAGACUGCUCUCAACUGUGGAGUGGAACUCUUCAAGCAAGGAGUACUGCAGCAGUAUGGUGUGAAGGUCCUCGGUACCUCAGUUGAAUCCAUCAUGGCUACAGAGGACAGAAAGCUUUUCUCUGAUAAACUAACUGAGCUAAAUGAAAAGAUUGCUCCUAGCCUUGCAGUGGAAUCGGUUGAAGAUGCUCUGAAGGCAGCUGAAAAGAUUUGCUACCCUGUCAUGAUACGUUCUGCCUAUGCCCUUGGUGGUCUGGGGUCUGGCAUAUGUCCUGAUAAGGAAAGUUUGCUGGACCUUGGUACAAAGAAAGAAAUACUGCAGAUGUCACUAAGAGCUGCAUUUGCAAUGACUAACCAAAUUCUGGUGGAAAAGUCAGUGGUGGGCUGGAAGGAGAUAGAGUAUGAAGUUGUGAGAGAUGCUGCUGAUAACUGUAUUGCUGUCUGCAACAUGGAAAACAUUGAUGCUAUGGGAGUCCACACAGGAGAUUCUGUUGUGGUGGCUCCAAGCCAGACACUCAGUAAUGAGGAGUUUCAGAUGCUGAGGGAUCGUGCCAUCAAAGUUGUCCGACAUUUGGGCAUUGUGGGAGAGUGUAAUAUCCAGUUUGCUCUGCAUCCAACUUCCCUGGAGUACUACGUCAUUGAAGUUAAUGCCAGACUCUCAAGAAGUUCAGCUUUGGCCUCCAAGGCAACAGGGUAUCCAUUAGCAUUCAUUGCUGCCAAAAUUGCCUUGGGGAUUCCCUUGCCAGAAAUCAAGAAUGUGGUGACAGGAAAAACCUCUGCUUGCUUUGAGCCCAGCCUGGAUUACAUUGUGACCAAGAUACCCCGCUGGGAUCUGGACCGCUUCCAGCACACUUCCAACCGGAUUGGGAGCUCCAUGAAGAGUGUGGGAGAGGUCAUGGCUAUCGGACGCACGUUUGAGGAGAGCUUCCAAAAGGCCCUGAGGAUGUGCCACCCCUCAGUGGAUGGCUUUGUUUCACAGCUGCCUAUGAAUAAAGCCUGGCCAGCCACUGUGGAUCUCCACAAGGAGCUCUCUGAGCCAUCCAGCACUCGGAUAUAUGCAAUAGCCAAGGCCUUGGAGGAUGAAGUCCCCGUGGAUGUCAUUCACCAGCUCACAGCCAUUGACAAGUGGUUCCUGUAUAAGAUGCGCAGCAUUUCCAACAUGGAGAACAUCCUAAAGGACCUGAACAGCAAGACAAUUCCAGAGGAGACACUGAGGAGAGCCAAGCAGAUGGGGUUCUCUGACAAGCAGAUUGGGAAAUGCCUGAGUCUGACUGAAGUCCAGUGCCGUGAGCUGAGACUGAGGAAGAAUGUAAUGCCCUGGGUGAAGCAGAUUGACACCCUGGCAGCAGAAUACCCAGCAGUGACUAAUUACCUCUACGUCACCUACAACGGGCAGGAACACGAUGUAAAAUUUGAUGACUGUGGAGUGAUGGUGUUGGGCUGUGGACCAUACCACAUAGGCAGCAGUGUGGAGUUUGAUUGGUGUGCUGUCUCCAGUAUCCGCACGCUGCGUCAGCUUGGCAACAAGACCGUGGUUGUGAAUUGCAACCCAGAGACAGUGAGCACGGAUUUUGAUGAGUGUGACAGACUGUACUUUGAAGAGCUGUCACUGGAAAGGAUCCUGGACAUCUACCAAUAUGAGGGAUGCAGUGGCUGCAUUAUUUCUGUAGGUGGGCAGAUUCCCAACAACCUGGCAAUACCACUGCACCUGAGUGGAGUAAAGAUUCUUGGCACAGAUCCUUUAAAGAUUGACCAGGCAGAGGAUCGUUCUGUGUUCUCAGCCAUCCUGGAUGAGCUGCACGUGGCCCAGGCUCCCUGGAAGGCAGUCAGCACCCUGAGAGAUGCAGUUGAAUUUGCAAGGUCUGUGAGUUAUCCAUGCUUGCUGAGGCCCUCCUACGUUCUGAGUGGGUCUGCAAUGAAUGUAGUAUUCACUGAAGAGGAAAUGAAGAAGUUCUUAGCAGAAGCCACCAGAGUCUCUCAGGAUUACCCUGUGGUACUCACUAAAUUUAUUGAAGAUGCCCGUGAGGUGGAAAUGGAUGCUGUAGCCAAGGCAGGAAGAGUCAUUUCCCACGCUGUCUCUGAGCAUGUGGAGGAUGCAGGUGUUCACUCAGGAGAUGCCACCCUCGUGUUCCCCACACAGACCAUCGGCCAGGAAGCCUUGGAGAAGAUAAAAGCUGCAACAAAAAAGAUUGCAAAGGCUUUUGCCAUCUCUGGUCCGUUCAAUAUCCAGUUCUUGGUGCAAGGCAGCAAUGUGCUGGUGAUAGAGUGCAACCUAAGGGCCUCACGCUCCUUCCCCUUUGUAUCCAAGACUCUGGGGGUGGACUUCAUUGAUGUGGCCACUAAAGUGAUGAUUGGGAAGGAGGUUAAAGAGUCAUCCCUCCCCACAAUGGAACACCCCAUUUUGCCAUCCACAUAUGUUGGGAUUAAGGCCCCAAUGUUUUCCUGGUCCAGGCUGAGAGAUGCUGACCCUGUUCUCCGUUGUGAAAUGGCCUCUACUGGGGAGGUUGCAUGCUUUGGGGAGGACGUGUACUCUGCCUUCCAGAAGGCUCUGCUUGCCACAGGGUUUACAUUUCCUAAGAAAGGAAUUUUGAUUGGAAUCCAGGAGUCCUUCCGCCCCAGAUUCCUCAGUGUAGCAGAACUGCUGCACGAGCAAGGCUUCAAGCUUUAUGCCACAGAAGCAACCUCAGCCUGGCUCAAUGCUAAUGGCAUCCCAGCAAAUCCUGUGGCAUGGCCAUCACAGGAGAGCCAGAGUGCCAGCCUCCCUUCAGUCAGGAGGCUGCUGAGGGAUGGGAAGGUGGAUCUGGUGAUUAACCUGCCCAACAGCAACACCAGGUUUGUCCAUGAUAAUUAUGUGAUCCGGAGGAUGGCCAUUGACAGUGGCACUGCUCUGCUCACUAACUUCAAGGUGACAAAGCUUUUUGCUGAAGCUCUCAAAUACUCUGGAAAAUUGGACUCCAGGAGUCUCUUCCACUACAGACAGACUGACAAUGGGAACACUGCAUAGAACUCUCUCCAGCCUGCAAUCUUACUGCUCCUGGUGCCUCAAAAGAGGGCAGAUUUCAGAUCAUCCACCUAACCAUCUUUCCAUGUAUUUUGCUUUUGUUUGGUCUUUUUCAGCCUGCAGAUUUGAUGGGAGAAAAAGGCUGCAUGUGUGUGUCCUAGAAUUGCUUCAAAGUUCUGCUCAGUCCUUCAGGCUAUCAUCAUUGCCAUUUUUUACAUUCUCAUUCAAUAUUGUGAAUUCAGGUAGCUCUCCCUGUAUCAUAAAGACUCUUUCUCAGCCUUGCUUCUUCCUUCAAAAGGGGAGACCUCCCCAAAGACUUCCCCCAUGUUGCUGUCCAAUGCUUUGUGCCGUGAUUGUGGGCAUUAAAAUCAAAUCCUUUGAAAAUGAAGUGAAAGUGUUGCAGUGCUUUACCCCCUUCUAGUUAAAUGACCCUUUCAUUUCCAUUCCACUGAAUCUGCUACUUUUUCAGCUCUGGCAGCACUUUCAGCUGCUGUGUGUGGAGCAGAUCCCUGGGGUGUGUUAUCCUUGGCUGUCUGCAGGGCAGAAGACCCCAGCAGCACAUGCAGUGCCUCCUCUGAGCCUGGAGCAGCUAAGGAACACGAGUCUGUCAUGCUUGGCCUGCAGUGUGUACACAGCACACCCAGGAGCUGGGAGUGUUCAAAGCUGGACAACUUCUCUGAUGCUUGCUAGAGUAAGCUGAAGUGGAAUAUUUUCUUCCAGACACACUCUGCCUGCCUGGGAUUCCAAAUUCAAGGCACUGCUAGCCUUAGGUACCUACCUCUUACAUAUCCCUCAAGGCCUGCAGUCCCUGCCAAGAAAUGGUGCUGGAUAUCUGGUGGUGGAGCUGGCUACCACCUAGCAGUGCUUUUUGAAGCUAUCAACACUGCAAAUAGUGCACUGAGGGUGGUGUGGAUGAGAUGAGCAAACCUGGGCUGCUUCUUCUGUGCUCCCAAGUUCCCUUGAGUCCCAAGAAGCCUUGAGUGUGGAGAGAGAAUCAGGGUGAAGAGGUUUUCUGUUUGGUUUUUUUGUUAAUUAAUGCUGAAACCUAUCAGGAAGGAUAUAAAAUCUGAUGAGAGCUGUUACUGAUAUGAGCAAAGGUAUGAGCAGAGUCUGUGAUGCCUUUACUUACCAAGGGACUCUCUGAAUACUAGGUGUCAACUGCCAAGACCGAUUUUUGAGUCAGACUUUAUUUCUAGUUGCCAUCCCAAGUGUUCUUUUCAUGAUAUUUCUUCAGUGCUGUAUUUUGUGAUGAACACAACCCUGCCUGCUGUGCACAGGGAGAGCUUUGCACUUUUAGAGUAGAGAUGUUAUUAGAAAAACUCACAACAACAACAACAACAAAAACCCCCAAACCAACCAAAGCUCUAGAAGAGCCCAAAGGCAUCAAUUGUUCACCCAUUCAGUUGUGAAAUGGGUGACUAAUGGUGGUUAAUGAAGCAGCACUCCAAAGGCAACCUGUGCAUAUUUUUUCAGUGGCAAAAAUCUCAUUAACAGCUGGUGUCAUCUCGCAUCCACCCACCCUGCUUUCACCUCUAGUAGAGAAAAAAGCAAUAUCUUAAAACAUCUGUAUUCUCUUGUUCCUCUUUCAU